UGUAAAUUGUACUUUGAAAAACGAUUGGCAUAACUAAUAAUUUUUUAUAUUAGUUGUACAAAGAAGUGAUUCAAGUCUUUUAUAGUAGGAGUAAAUAAGAUCUCAGACAUGACUUGAUUUUAAAUACAUAAAUUAAUAGAUUUCCAAUAAUACAUUCAUUAGUUUCAAACCACAAGAGAUUUGUAAACAUGUCUAGGUCUAUAAGGGCAGAAACUCGGAGCCGAGCUAAGGAUGAUAUAAAAAAAGUAAUGAACGUGAUAGAUCGUGUACGCCAUUGGGAAAAAAAAUGGGUGACUAUUGGUGAUACAACAAUGAAAAUAUAUAAGUGGGUACCAGCAGCUAAUAGCGAGUCAAAGAAGAUUCACAAACAGAAAGAAAUCAAUAAAGAGAAUAUAUCUCGCAAACAUGCUGUUGAUAAUUCUAAUUCCAACUCGAACUUCAGUUUAGCUGAGGAUUCCAACACCUGUUUUUCAACCGGAGGAGAUUCUCAAGGACCUACAGAUUUCUCUUCAUCUCAUAUGACAUUUUCAGACGACUCCAAUUCUCAAGGCAGUGAAAUGGCUGUGAAGACGCUGAAACCAACUGACUGAUCUCUUUUUGAUUCCUUAUGUGAUGAAAACCUUUAGAAUAGAACUUUCAGUUGAUAAGUUGGUGUAAAUUACUUAUUUCAUUUCAAGAGUUUCUGAUCUUCAUUUUUGAAAUAUUUUAUUUGAACUUAACAUGUAUAGUAAUUGUAAUAUUGCUUCCACGUCUAUGUACUCAUGUCUCUUAGAAUAAAUAUAUAAGAUAAUGUGAAA